AUGGCGGCAACGAGCGACGAAGAAAUGGAAUCACUGCUCUCCGCUUUCGAUCAGAUCUAUGAGGAUGUCAAGAACGGCAUUUCGGAGAUGCAGUCCUUGCAAUCUAACCACGCUAGAGAGCUGAAGAUGCGUGAAUCACUCGAAGCUACUUGCAACACCCUCAGAAGAGAAAAUGAAAAUAUGGCGAAACGGUACAUGGAGUCUCUAAAGAAUCUGGCUGAUCAGGUUGAUUUCCGUACAAAAUGCCUCAACAUGAAAGAGGAACUGGAAAGAGCAAGUAAAGAAGUUUUCUUUAAAGAAGAUGAACAUAAAAAGGCUAUGAAACUGCUUCAGCAAGAAUAUGAAGAAAAAAUUGCAAGAUUAGAAGCUGAGAUUAAGGCAUGUCUACAUAAGGAAGCCACAUAUGAAUCAACCACAAGUCAGCUGCAUCAAGAUUUAACAGCACAUAAAAAUCAUAUGCAAGUCCUAGCUAACAGGUUGGACCAAAUCCAUUUUGAAGUGGAAUCAAAAUUUAAUGUUGAGAUUCAAGACUUGAGAGAUUGCCUCCUGGCUGAGCAGGAAGAAAAAAAUGAGUUAAACAGAAAAAUAAAGAAACUGGAAAAGGAAUUGGUGAUUUGCAAAGAGAAGUUGGUAGACCAGCAGCAAGAAAUGACCUCAAACUGGCAAGUGGAGACACUAAAGCAGAAAAUCAUGAAACUAAGAAAGGAGAAUGAGGUGCUCAAAAGGAAGUUGUCUCAUUCUCAAGAGGUGAAGUAAUGUUGGAAAACUCGAGCUAGCAACUUGAGUUCAUGGAGAUACGGUUUCCAACACAAAUGAUAUAUGGACAACUCAAAAGCUCUAGCAUAUG